AGGAAGUUGCACGCGGAUAUCAAACGUCUGACAAUGGCCAAGAACAAAUUCAGAGGGCAGAAGUCCAGGAAUGUAUUUCACAUAGCCAGCCAAAAAAACUUUAAGGCUAAAAACAAAGCAAAACCAGUUACCACUAAUCUUAAGAAGAUAAAUAUUAUGAAUGAUGAAAAAGUUAACAGAGUGAAUAAAGCUUUUAUAAAUAUACAAAAGGAACUUGCACACUUCUCAAAAGGCCUUUCUCUUGAACCUGUGCAGAAAGAAUUGAUUCCUCAGCGACGUCAUGAAAGUGAACCAGUUAACGUUGAUGAAGCUACAAAAUUAAUGGCUCUGUUGUAAUACAGUGGCGAUGCAUCUACUUCCCCAAAAAGACCAAUAAAUUAAAUAUUUUAUACAAAAAAAAAAA